UAUUACAUAAUUUUACAUAGUUUUUUCAAGCGGUUUACAUUCCUAAUUCUCGAUCCUGUUCAAUAGUAUCAACUUUUGUUGUUUAAUCAUACAGUGAUGGAGGGAAAAACGGAGUUGCAAAGGAAUUUCAUCGCCGAAGCCCGCCGCAAAGAGCUGGAGUCGUUCCAGCGAGCCCUGGACAUCCAAUGGCUCAACAGCCGGAUGGAAGACGGCAGGAUGGGCCGCUGCCUGGCGCUCAUACAACGCGAGGCUGAGAUGGAGAAGGAUUUUCAGGAGAGAACUGACCAUGCAGCAAUAGUCAAUGCCAGGGCUCAGAAAGAGACAGCCCUCGGCAUCGAGGUAGCCAAGGUCCGUCGGGAGGAGGCCUGCGAACUCCUACGGAGGCACUACUUACGGGAGAGAGACCCCAGCUUGAGGGAGCUGUUUAAGAAGUUGCAGGCCGGUUACGUCUGCCGAGAUCUGAGACAGCAGAUUCAGAAUAAUGAGUACAAGAGACUGCAGGACAAGGCAGAAGAGCAACACGCCAACUUUGUUCUCCGCAACGCUCUGUAUAACGAUCACGAAGCUAAAGAAAGAGAAGAGAGAGAGAAGAUGGAAAGAAACAGCCGGUACUGCAAGGAGUUACAGCAGCAGUUAGUCAACAGGCAGCGCCAGAAGCAGUGCCAAUAUGAAGACUCGCUGAUUGAGAAGAAAAUGCUGGAUGAGAUCAUGAGGACCAUUUCUGAUGAGGAUAAGAGAGAACUCCAACAGAAGCACGACCAGAUGCAAAAGAUGCGGCGCGAGAUGGUGACGUUUCAGAAGGCGAGAGAAGCGUGGCGGCAGAAGCAGAAGCAGAUGGUCGUCAUCGAGGAGCGCCAGAUCGAGCAGCAGAGGCAAGCUGCUGCUGACAGAAGCUCUGCUAUAAUUGCCGAAAGGGAGCGCAAGAUGCGUAUGAAAGAAGAACUGAACCAGAAAAUUGCUGCCAAAAUAUUAGCAGAUGAGGCAGCCCGUCAAGACCGCGAGAACAUAAUAAAGAUGCUUCAAGAACAAGAGUUCUUAGAAAAGAACGUCCAAGACGAUAUCGCCGCGCGUGCCAAACAGGAGCGAGUGCGAACGGAUACCAAGUCAGCUCUUACAGCUCAGAUGGAUACCAGGAAGCGACUGGCGCAAGAACAGAGGGAGAGAGAGGCUGAGUUUAGGAAGGAGAGCGAAGCAAAAAUGGCCGCUGAAAACGAGAAAGAGCGCGAUAAAGAGCGAAAGAAAAGGGAAAAGAAUCGCGCAUACUCCACCGAACUUCUAAAACAGAUUCAGAGUAACGCCGCGCGCCGCGAGAAAGACCGCGUCUUGGAGGAGAACCGCGCCAAGCAAGUGUGGGACCACGACAAGAACUGGCGUUCAGAAGUAGCCCAAGAACGUGAGAAGAUCGUCGAAGAACACGUGCCUUACUUGCUCGGCUAUCUCCAGGCCGGCGUGGUCAAGCCCGAGGACUUGCCCGCCGUCCAGCGCGGCGCCGCACAGCAUGACGAGCUGAAGACCCUGGAUGUGGCUUCCCUGGUGUCAGCGAGGAAGGCUAAGACGCAUCCGAAGUGCAACAAGCAGUGCAGGAUCAUUAGGGAAUACUAAUAGGCCCGGUUUUUCUAUUGCCUCAUGCCAAGAUCCACCCAAAGUGCACCAAUCUUCAGGGAGCACUAUUAGGCCCGAUAUUUCAAUUAGUCCUUGUCAACCCACCUAAAGUACAAUAAGCAGUGCCACAUCGUUAGGAAACACUAUUAAGCCCGACAUUUCUAUUGCUCCAUGACCCACCCAAAAUGCACCACUUUUCUGUAGCACCUCACCAAGAUGUUACCAAAAGUGAAAUAAACAGUGAAGCAUCUUCAGGGACCAUUAUUAGGCCCGAUAUUUCUAUUGGUCCUUGUCAACCUACCCAAAGUACAAUAAGCAGUGCCACAUCAUUAAGGAGUACUAUUACGCCCGACAUUUCUAUUACUCCAUGCCAAGAUCCACCCAAAGCGUACCAAUUUUCCAUUGCGCCUCACCAAGACACAUCUCAAGUUUAACCAGCAGUGUUGGAUCAUCAGGGAGUGCUAUUAGGUCCCUUCUAUCACGUGCCCUACCUGCUCGGCUACCUCCAGGCCGGCGUGGUCAAGCCCGAGGACUUGCCCGCCGUCCAGCGCGGCGCCGCACAGCAUGACGAGCUGAAGACCCUGGAU